UCGCCAUGAUUGGAUAUUUGCAGGCAUUGCUCCAUUUUAUUUACUGGGAUACCUUACCAGACAUGGAAGAGCUAGUGGGUUCAACUUCUAAAUGGGCUUCUACGCUUGUUGCUCAACAUCUGCUUGCCGCUGCUGACUGUUACGCGCUUGUGAGAAUGAGAUUGCUCUGUGAGGAUAAGCUUUGUGAGGGUGUUGCAAUAAACACAGUUGCAACUACAUUAGCUUUGGCAGAACAGCACAACGGUUUGCAUUUGAAAGCUGUAUGCUUAAAAUUCGUUGCAUCGUCGGAAAAUUUAAAAGCUGUGAUGCAAACAUAUGGAUUCGAGUAUCUGAAGGAAAGCUGCCCAGGUGUUCUUACCGAACUGCUGCAAUAUGUUGCGAGAAUCGGGGAGCAUUCUGUUAUUACUUGUGGAUAUCGAAGAAGAAAAGAAGCACCACCGUUGGAUGGUUCCGAUGUUAAUGGCCGACGGGUCAAACCAAGACUACAAUGAUUUAGCGAAUAACAUGUAACUCAUCUUUUGAUUAGUAAGAAAAACUAAUAAAAGAGAGUAAGAUAGCAUUAGACAUUCUUUGCACUUGUACUAACAUUGGUGAAUAUUUGAAAAUUCAUAUUUAAUCA